UCUGAGCCACCCAGGCGCCCCUGCUGUCACCAUCUUGAAAUUCUUCGUCAUGCACCGGGCCCCAAAGAUUAUGUAGCCGGUCCUUUUUAAAAGACUGAGAGAAAUGGAGGGUGGUGGGGGUAUGGGAGUCAGGCUUGUUAGGGGACCUGCGCGGUGGCGGUCAGCCCCCAGGCCAGCUUGGAACCAAGCAGAUGUGGGCCAACUGGACACUUGUUUUCAACCAGCAUCAGGAACCAUGGCAGCAAAACCCAGUUCUACUGGACUUUUCACCAAGACGGGUAGCCAGGCCGGUGUGUCAUCCCAGGGACUCAGGCAUGGUCUUCCUUGGCGAUGGGUGAUUUGUCAGAGCCCCAAGCGGACACAUAACAGAAAGAAUGAGGGUGCAGGCUCCAGUCAGAGUGUGUGGCGCUGGAGACUCCGCUUUGGCAUCAAGAAAAUCCCCUUGAAGGACAUUUCUGCUUUACGGACGAAAAUGUCUUAGGGUCAUGAUCAUGCCCACUGUGUUGUCACUGACCCAGCUCCCAGGGCUUUGGAAAAAGCAUUUCCGAGACCUUUUGGAGCUAGAUGCCAGGAAAAUGCAUUGCUUUCCUCACUGUCCUGUUUCUUACCUGCUUAUAGAUAACAGGAACUGCCUGCGACUGCUUCACCGGCAGUAUUUCUCUUUUAGUUCUGGCCGCCUGGAAGCUCAAAACCAAAUUCUUGGCUCAGGCAACUGUGCCAAACCUCGAAACAACAACAGUGAGAGCUAGUAUUUGUGGGCUGCCUCCUUUGUUCCAGAUGCCCCCGUCUGUGCUUUAUAUAGAUCCUCCCACCGAUUCUUUUGUUGCAGCCUUGUGCGAAAGACACCUCUGUUGGAGGAUAGGGAGCUAAAUCUCUUGGAGGCUAAAGCACUUGCCCAAGUUUACGUAACAAGCAAGCGAAGCGGCGUUGGCUGCUCCAGAAUGAACCACGGCUCCAAGAAGGGGAAGUAGAGCCCAGCUGGCGCUCGGCUAUGGCCUGUGAACCACCGAUGGGCCCCAGCGGGGCAGCCAGCCCACUGCCCACCUCCUCCCCGGGCUGGAGCGCCUUGCCUGGAGGGAGUCCUCCGGGCUGGGGGCAAGAGCUCCACAAUGGCCAGGUGCUCACGGUUCUCCGGAUCGACAAUACCUGUGCACCCAUCUCCUUCGAUCUGGGCGCCGUGGAGGAGCAACUGCAGACCUGGGGCAUUCAGGUCCCUGCCGACCAGUACAGGAGCUUGGCCGAAAGCGCCCUCUUGGAGCCCCAAGUGAGAAGAUACAUCAUCUACAACUCCAGGCCCAUGCGGCUGGCCUUUGCUGUGGUUUUCUAUGUGGUGGUGUGGGCCAACAUCUACUCCACCAGUCAGAUGUUUGCCUUGGGGAACCACUGGGUGGGUGUGCUGCUCGUGACCCUGGCAGCCAUGAGCCUGACCCUGACCCUCGUGCUCAUCUUCGAGAGACACCAGAGGAAGGCCAACAGCAACACAGACCUUAGGCUGGCGGCUGCCAACGGAGCCCUCCUGAGACACCGGGUGCUGCUGGGGGUGACGGACACGGUGGAAGGCUGUCAGAGUGUGAUUCAGCUCUGGUUUGUCUACUUCGACCUGGAGGACUGUGUGCAGUUUUUGUGUGACCACAUUCAAGAGAUGAAGAUGAGCCAAGAGUCCUUGCUGCGAAGCAGAUUGAGCCAGCUGUGUGUUGUCAUGGAAACUGGGGUGAGCCCCGAGACAGAGGAGGGGCCCGAGAACCUGUUGGAGGAAGCUCCUCUACUGCCCGGCAGCCCUCAUCCCGAGGAGAGGCCACUCAUGCAGACUGAGCUUCGCCAGCUUGUUCCUGAGGCUGAGCCGGAGGAAAUGGCCCAGCACCUGCUGGCGGUAUUUGGUGGCUACUACAUCCGGCUCCUGGUGACCUCGCAGCUCCCCCAGGCAAUGGGGACACGACACACAGACUCUGCAAGGUUUCCCUGCCCCUGCCAGCUCAUAGAAGCCCAUAUCCUGGGCACUGGGUGCUGCCCCUUCCUGGCCAGGUGACCUAGGGAGGAAGGCACCCAGCUUCCUGCAAGACUGAAGGUGAGACAUCGGGAAGGCUUGGCGCCCCAGCUGGCUGCAGGCGAGCCCCUAGGUGAGGAGAGAAGCACCUAGGAACACGCUGAAGAGUGUCAGUCAUGUCAGUGGCAGGGGUGGUAUCGUGCUCACUCCUGGACUCUGCACAGAAAUGCCUGUUGACAUCCCAUGCUGACCCCUGACCUUUUCAGAAGCUGCUGGUAGCCAAGCUGGUCCCACUCCAGACUACUCUGUGCUGCCUAGAACCAGGGGCACGGAUGGAAGGCCACUCUCCCAUGCUUUCAUUGUUUGGAGAGCCCAGGAAAUGUGAAGAGGACCCUACUGGGCCAACCAUGUGUCCAAAGCUUGGUCUCCGAUGAUGCUCCCAUCCUUAGCUACUUCAUGUCAGAUGGGGAAACUGAGCCUUGGAGAGGACUCUGCUCUCUGUAGCAUUACCUUGGUCCUCUAGAAUUCCUAAUCUGAAAGGGAAGAAGUCAGUUCUCAGAAUGUUCUCCACUUUCAAGUUUCUCCUGCCCUUUAUUUUAUGAAAAACAAUGGCCCCAUGUUGUUUGCUAGCACACACACUUCCAGGGGGCAGAAGAAAGAAACCAACAGCAUGUAACUGAUGAUGGAACUCUUUGGAAAAGAUUGAUUCUGAUUUGUGGAUGUCUUUUGUUUAAAGGCAUGCAUGCUUGUGGUUGUGGUGUUCUCCUUCAGGCCUGGAGCCACAGUCCUGUGUUUUCUGACACUAACACUGUCCUGGAAUGAAGCAUAAUCUGUCACUCAUGGCGUUCCAUGAAGAGCUCGGGGGCUUCCAGGUUCUCUGCUCCUGAGCAAGUUUGAAGACCAAUUAUUCCAUAGGCCCAAAUCCAAAAGACCUGCCCUGGCAUGCAAAGGCUCCCCAACCUCCAGGACCCAGCCCUCAUCUGUGGUUUUGGCUUCAUCUCCCACAGAACUUCUUGCUAAAUUGAAACUCUUUCCUGGACUAACAUACCUAUUCCGUUGCGUCCGUUGAACUCCUGUGCAUGCUUCAAAGCCCAGCUUUACUUACCCCUCCUUCAUGAAGCCUUUCAACAUAGAACAUGCCCUCCUUCUCUGCCUCCUUUAAAUUCUUAAUGUAGCUGCUGCCUUUGUUGAGGUUUUGUGUUAUUCUGUUUUCCUACGCACAUGUGUAUUUUUCGAGCUAGACUAAGCUCCUGAAGGACAAAGAGCCCACCUUAUAAUUUUUGUGCAUGGCCUGGACCUGCUAAGAAAAAAAAAAAAUCCAGUGGAUUGAGUGCUUUGUCAUCUCCAUAGUAACAUUUGCAGAUUGUGCUCUCUACUCGGUUGAAUGAUGAAGUUGGCACAGAUCUGGGUUCUGGUCCUGACUGACAUUUCUGGCUGUGCAACUUUCAGCCAGUCCUCAGUUUACUCAUCGUUAUAUAAAAGGAUAUAUAGUGGACAGGUUGGAUGAUUCUUAAUUGCCCUUCCAAAGCCAAAGUUCUGGCUUUUUCUGUUCCAGUCUAGCCCUUGGCCUGUUAUGUUUUUAUCUACAUGUAGAGAGUCCUCUAGCCUUGCAUGACCAAGGUGUCCCAGACCUGAUGGGCCUUUGGACAGAACACAGGCCUAGCGAGCAGGAGACCUGGAUACUCAUCCCAGGUGAGAAGCUUCCUAGAAGCAUGACCAUUGGCUUACGUCACUUACCCUGUCCGAGGGCCGGUUUACUCCUUUGUAAAUGGAUCUGGUGAACAUGAAAGGUAAUUGUGUGGGUGACUUGCUGUGUAAGAGACCAGUCUGACCGUUUUCUUUCUCUGAGCCAGAGAAGAGAAAUUGUGGACAUAGACCCACCCUCGGAAAUGGCCAUUGUAGACAUUUCUCUUUAGAGAUUUCUCCGAGGGCAGCUAUGCUCAGUAAGAGUAACUCGUGGAGGCAGUUGCUGUCCUUCUCACCUGCUGCAGAGGAUAUGUGGGCUGGGGACAGGAUCUGUAGAAGCCCGUCUUUGUCAUCCACCCAUAAAACCCUGGUAAGUCUCGUAAGAGAAUAAAAAUGUGUCUGUUAAAUGACG